AAUCAAAAUUAAAGAUAUUUCAAAAUGACACUUCAAAUGACAUUCGACCAGGCAGCAAUCCAGACACACAAAUACACACAAAUAUAAUAUGUCUAGAUUCUUUGUACCUUCUCAAAUUAGAAUCGAUUUAUCCGAUCAAAGGGCACAACAAAUUAUAUUUAAGUCACUCAAUAUUCCCUUUGCAACUAACGAAAUGAUCGUUCAAGACGAUACUGAACUAUCUAGCAAGGGAAUUGUUAUUGACAAUGGUUCAGGAGUAUGUAAAGCUGGUUUCGCAGGUGAUAAAACACCUCGUGUGAUAUUCCCCUCCAUUGUGGGCCGUCCACGUCAUUUAAACGUUCUGUUGGAAUCUCGCCUUGAAGAUAGUAUCAUUGGCGAGGCAGCUUCUAUUAAAAGGGGAAUGCUAACACUUAGGUAUCCCAUUGAGCAUGGCAUUGUCACGAAUUGGGAAGAUAUGGAAAAGAUCUGGACUCAUACCUUUGAUUUGCUACGCAUAGAAUCCCACCUAAAUCCUGUCCUACUCACAGAGGCACCAUUAAAUCCAAAAAAGAAUCGCGAAAAGAUGACCGAAAUUAUGUUUGAGACAUUUCAGGUUCCAGCCUUAUAUGUGGGCAUACAGGCGGUGCUCUCACUCUAUGCCACUGGACGAACAAGUGGAAUUGUACUUGACUCUGGAGACGGUGUGACGCAUACGGUUCCCAUCUACGAAGGCUACGCCUUGAACCAUUCUGUCAGACGUCUGAAUUUGGCUGGUCGGGAUUUGACUGACCAUCUUGGUAAGUUGCUCUUAGAGCGUGGAUACAAGUUUAGCACCACAGCCGAACGUGAGAUUGUUCGGGACAUAAAAGAGAAACUGUGCUUUGUCUCAUUGAACUAUGAGGAGGACUUGAAGCUUAGCCAUACUAUGCAGAACCAAAUCUAUGAGCUGCCCGAUGGCCAAAGAAUAACCUUGGGUAAUGAACUUUUUCGCUGCCCCGAAGCUCUAUUUAAGCCAUGCCAUCUGGGUCAAGAGGCACUCGGCCUGCAUGAGGCCAUUUAUGAAUCUAUACACAAGUGUGAUAUGGAUUUACGUAAGGAUAUGUACACUAAUAUUGUACUCUCUGGCGGUACAACUCUGUUUCCAAAUAUUGAGCAGCGUUUGCGACAGGAUUUAAUUGCAUUGACGCCCACAACUAUAAGGAUUAAGAUUAUAGCCAAUCCGGAGAGACGAUUAUCUGUUUGGACUGGUGGUGCUGUAUUAGCUUCACUAUCAAGUUUUCAAAAAAUGUGGAUCGAUGCGCAGGAAUAUAAUGAUGUUGGUUCGUCUAUAGUGCAUCGCAAGUGCUUUUAAAGUGAAUUUGUGUGUGGUGUCAUUAGUAUACAUAUGUAGUUACUUGCCAAUCUGUUGGAUUGUGUAAAUAUAUUUUUUUUAUGAAUUAACUUGAAA